CAAGACCUGUGAGAAGCUGCAGGAAGAGGAGCUGGAGUCAAGAGGGACCGGAGGAGGAGGCAAGGAUCAAGCACAAAACUAUGGAGACUGAUACAGCAGCUGACCAGAGAUCUCACAGAGUCAUAACAGUGGUCUUUUUAGCAUUACUGAUUGAUCUAUUAGGAUUCACAUUGAUCCUUCCGCUCUUCCCAUCUAUACUGGAACACUACAGCAAGACAAAUGACAACCUUUAUCAGACAUUGCAACAGACAGUUGAUUGGUUUGCUUCAUCUGUGGGCGUGCCCGAGAGAAAAUAUAACAGCGUAUUGUUUGGAGGACUGAUUGGCUCCAUCUUCUCCCUACUGCAGUUUAUUAGUUCUCCGCUCACAGGCGCAGCCUCUGAUUACAUAGGAAGAAGGAGAGCGCUCAUGAUAACAGUGCUGGGUUUAAUUGCUUCCUAUGCGUUAUGGGCCAUCUCCAGGAGUUUUGGGAUUUUCCUCUUGUCUCGUGUUAUUGGAGGAUUAAGCAAAGGGAACGUUAGCUUAUGUACGGCUAUAAUCGCAGAUCUACCUUCCUUAAAAACACGGAGUAAAGGAAUGGCAAUGAUCGGAGUUGCCUUCUCUCUGGGAUUCACGGUAGGCCCCAUGAUCGGCGCUUAUUUUGCAAUGAACACAGCCAAUGGGGAACUGUUCUAUAUCCGCCCAGCUUUACUUGCACUAAUCCUCUCAGUUGCUGAUUUGAUAUUCAUCUUCCUUCUUCUUCCAGAGACCCUUCCUAAGGAGACCAGGGUCUCAUCGGUUACAGCUGGAUUUCAAGUCGCUUCAGACCUGCUGAGUCCAGUUUGCUUAUUUCAGUUUUCAGCUGUUACAAGGAGAAAGGACCCCCCCUCUGUUCAAAGUAUUCAGGACCUGCGUUUACUGGGGCUGGUAUAUUUCCUGUACCUCUUCCUGUUUUCUGGCCUGGAGUACACCAUCAGUUUUCUCACUCAUCAGCGUUUCCAGUUUAACAGCAUGCAACAGGGGAAAAUGUUUUUUUUCAUUGGAAUCAUAAUGGCCCUAAUCCAGGGAGGUUACGCUCGCAGAAUCAAGCCAGGAAAUGAAAUCAAAGCCGUGAAACGGGCAAUCAUUCUGCUGAUUCCAGCGUUCUUGCUGAUUGGGUGGGCGAGUAACCUGACCAUGCUGAGCUUAGGACUUCUUCUUUAUUCUUUCGCUGCUGCCAUCGUUGUGCCUUGUUUAUCCUCUUUGGUAUCAGCCUACGGGUCAGCGAGUCAGAAAGGAACCGUCAUGGGAAUUCUCCGCAGUUUGGGAGCCCUUGCAAGAGCUGUAGGCCCAGUCUUAUCAGCAACAUUAUACUGGCUACUAGGGGCAGAAGUCUGCUUUACCAUCUGUGCGGCUUCAUUUCUGAUCCCAUUGCUAUUUCUACGAGAGAUAAAGAAUCAUACAAAAGAAGAGUGAUAGAUCCUGAGGACUUCAACUGUUACAAACAUUUUUCUAUACCUCAUACCAAAUAAUGACAACCAAACAAUCUCUGUCUUAAUAUAUCAAAUGUUCAGUAAUGUUUGCUAGAAGCAUCAUCUCAGGGCUUUGGAAGAUAGAAUCCAUAACUCAACAAUAGAGUGGGUAAAUAGAAAUCUGAAAACCCUCUAGAUGAAUAUGAACUACCUAGGAGCACAUUUAUGUGUAUUACUAGACACGCCCAGCAAUAUGUCCCGAUAUAACCACCAGGAAUGCUGGGUAAUAGCAUUAAAAUCAGCAGUAAUAUUGCAUCACUGUAAAACUGAACUUGUUGUAUAUAUUCGUUAAAGACAUUUUCUUUAAAAACAUUGGAUUGAAUGUAUAAAGAAAAACAAUAUUCUGUUGUAUAACCAGUUUUCCAUGGGACUUCUACUCACUGAACAACAAUCGAUAAAUAUUUUCUCAAGGUCUAAUGUUAGCUUGAUUGUUUCAGAAUCUAAUGUAAAGUAAACAGAAUGGGUAUUGUUGCAGAUAUGUUCAUUUACAUCACCACCUAACAGACAUUAAACUAAAAAAAUUUAGCACUUUAGCACAAAUAUUGUACAAGAAUUCAAGAAUGUCUGAGAUAUGUAUAAGGCUAUCAAGGAAUUAGUUCAGCUUACAUUUUAGCAGGAAGUCCACGCAGACUUGAUGGGGCCUAUGGUUCUUAAAAGCACAUUAAACUGCUGUGUAGGGAUACAACAGAAUGGUUACUUCACCCAAUGUUAUUGUUUUUCAUCCUGUGCCUGCAUCUCUCUAUAAAGCUAUUUAGUUACAGGUGCCAGUUAGCAAAGCUCCUAAUCUUUACCGUGGGUGCCGCCAUCUUGGAACUUAUGUAUUCUUACUGGCUGUGGCAGAAACACUGCAUAAUACAGAGCAGUACAUAGUAACAUAGUAGAUGAGGUUAGAAGAAGACUGAAGUCCAUCGAGUUCAACCUAUACAGAGGAUACCUGAUUUACACUAAAGAAGCUGACAAUUGAACUUAAAGUAAACAAUUAGAAAGCCGUCCUAUUUAACACAAAGCAAUCAUUUCCCUGAAAUCUGUUUUUAGACAGAAAUGUAUCUAAGCCAUUUUUAAAUGUAUCUAAGAUAUUGGCAGUCACUACUUCCUUAGGCAGGAUGUUCCACAGUUUGAUUGCUCGUAUAAACCGUUUUUUGUUGCUGGAGAUUAAAUCUCCUCCAGUCUUAAAUUGUCACAAACAACUUUCUCAGAAUAAACAGGUCUUCCGGUAACUCUGUAAAUAGGCCUUUAAUAUAUUUAUAUAAAUUAAUCAUAUAACCUCUCAAGCCUUUUUUCUAGAGUAGACAGACCAAAUUUGGGUAACUUCUCUUCAUAGUUUAAAUCCUCCAUUCACCUUAUUAGCUUUGUGGCCCUUCUCUGAACUUUUUCUAAUUCUGCUAUGUCCCUUUUUAAAAUGGCUCCCCAGGGGCAAGAUUACAUAUGCGGCGUUGCCUGCAAAAGCCGGCGACGCUGGUUUUUACACAGUUUUGGUAUCACAUAUACAGCGCCGCAUAUAAAUGUAUAUUUUACCCGUCGGCCACAAUUUUUACUUCCAUAAGCUAACAUAGAACCGCAACGCAAAUCCGUAUAACAUAUUCAGCGCAAGGACUUGGAGAAAUUUUACUCCAUUUUUACCUCGCCACACAUAGGCAGACGCAGCAAGACGUGCGCUGAGUAUGUGAGCACCGUAACCCCCUGAAAAUAGUAACUUACCCCCAACCCCUACAGCAAUAACUAAUAAACUAUAUUAACCCCUUAACCGCCAAUCCUCACAUUGCAAAACAUCUAAUUUAUUAACCCCAAUCCACCAACCCCCCACAACGCAAUAUACCUUAAUAAACUAUUAACCCCUAAUCUGCCAUUCACCCAUAUCGCAAAGUACCUAUUAAAACUAUAAACCCCUAAACUGCCAUUCCCCACCAAUGCAAUAAACUUAAUUAACCUAUUAACCCCUAAUCCGCCAAACCCCAACAAUGCAAAUAACUAAUUAAAUUACUAAGCCCCCUAACCUAACACCCCCUAACCUGAUUUGAACAGCCAAUAGGAUUUCAGUAGCUCUCAUCCUGUUGGCUGAUUUGAAUUUGAAGACUCAAAUCAACCAAUAGGAAUGCAAGGUACCCCAUAUUAAGGUACCCCAUAUUUAAACGCGUACCUUGAAUUCAAUCCUCAAUGUGCUGUGGUGAUUGUACGAAGAGGAUCUCCACGCUCCAUGGCUCCGCGGUCACCGCCGUCACCUGUCUUGUUCCAUGCCGGCUUCUUCCUGGAAGAAGAUCGAAGAUAUCGCCGCUUGGAAGAAGACUUCACCGCCGGACUUCAGGAACCGUGAGUACCUAUCUGGGGUUAGACUUAGGCUUUUUUUUUUUUUUUUUUUUUUUUUUUUAGAUUAGGGAUUUAAUGGGCCUUUGAAAAAGAGCUGAAUAUCCUUUUAAGGGCAGUAAAAGAGCUGAAUGCCCUUUUAAGGACAAUGCCCAUACAAAUGCCCCUUUAGGGGCAAUGGGUAUUUUAGGAUUUUUUUAGUGUUAGGUUUUUUUUGGGGGGGGGGUUUGGUGGGUGGGGGGUUUUACUGUUAGAGGGGGGACUUAUUUUUUUUUAAGGUAAAAGAGCUGUUUAAUUUUAGGGCAAUGCCCUACAAAAGGCCCCUUUAAGGGCUAUUGGUAAUUUAGCAUUAGAUUAGAGGGUGUUUUUAUUUUGGGGGGCUUUUUUAUUUUCAUAGGGAUUAGGUUUAAUUUUUUUUAUUUUUGAUAAUUUGGUUUAUUAUUUUAUGUAAUGUUAGAAUUUUUUAUUUUUUGUAAUCUUAGAUUAAUUUAAUCUUCGUUUUUUUAUUUUUAAGUAAUGUUAGCUUUUUUAUUUUAAUUGUUUGUAACUUAGUAUUUUUUAAUUGAGGUAAUUGGGGUUAAUUUAGUGGGUGUUAGGUUAGGGGGCUUCGCAAUUGAAUUAGUUAUUUGCGUUGUGGGGGUUUGGCGGUUUAGAAGUUAAUAGUUUUAUUAGGAAUAUUGCGUUGUUUGGGUUUGGUGGAUUAGGGGUUAAUAGAUUUAUAAGGUUUGUUGCGAUGUGGGUUAAUGGCGUAUUAUCAGCUGUUGGUGGGGUGUGGUGCUCAAUGCGCAUGCGCAAGAGGCCCAACCUCCUCCAAACAUUUGUUUAAGGAGAUUUAGUACAUAAUGGGUCGCAGGAUUCUAUGGAACGUAAAGGGCAAUGCGCAUGCGCAUGCGCACACAGCCCUACUCCUCAGUGAUCCAUUGUGCGCCGCCAACUUGACGAAAAAGGUGUCAGUUGACUCCAAAACAUUUUGAAACUUAGGUUUGGAAUUUUGUAAUAAAGGCUAUAUUUUUCUAUUAACUCCGGUGACUGCUCCAAUAUUUUAAUCCGGUGGGGUAGGGAAGGUGAGGGUGUGUGGUGUGGGUAUCAUGACAGUAGCACUAUGCUGUCACAUUUGUCACUGUUUUUAGCUCACUCAAAUACACUCAAAGCGACCACAGUGCGCGCGAGUGAUUACGGGCCAAAUAUUUUCUCGACUCAUUAUUUACAUUACAUCAGCUGUUAGGAGGAGGUUGGGCCUCUUCCGCAUGCGCAAUGAGCGCAACACCCUUCCAGCAGCUGAGUCACGUGACCUAAAGUGACGUGGUAUACACAUUCCUAUGGGGCAUACCAUUUUCUUUAGAACACCCGGCAGUUUCUAAAGUGCCGUAAGUCACUGACGACUCCAGAAAUUUGUAUUUAUGCUCAUUUCUGGACAUCGCUAGUUUAUCCGACUUACGGUACUUUAUGAACUGCCGGUGGGAUUUAUGUGAUACUCCGAUGUCUGAGGUGAAAUUAUGGGCGACGCGGGUUUCAGCAGUUCCGCUGAAGCUUGCGCCGCAUAUGUAAUCUCACCCCAGAACUGCACUCUAUACUCAAGAUGAGGUCAUACCAGGGAUUUAUAUAUAUGUCAGAAUUAUACUUUCUUCCCUUGUAUUUAUGCCUCUUUUAAUACAUGUAAGUAUCUUAUUAGCCUUAUAAGCUGCUGUAUUGAGCACUCUGCAAAACAGAGGAGGAAAAGGAUUUAGGUGUACUUAUAGAUAACAAGCUAAAUCUAGUGCCAUUUAAAGGACCAGUCAACACAGUUGAUUUGCAUAAUCAACAAAUGCAUGAUAACAAGACAAUGCAAUAGCACUUAGUCUGAACUUCAAAUGAGUAGUAGAUUUUUUUCUGACAAUUUUAAAAGUUAUGUCUUUUUCCACUCCCCCUGUACUAUGUGACAGCCAUCAGCCAAUCACAAAUGCAUACACAUACCAUGUGACAGCCAUCAGCCAUUCACAAAUGCAUACACACUUAUUCUUGCACAUGCUCAGUAGGAGCUGGUGUUUUAAAAAGUUUAAAUAUAAAAAGACUGUGUACAUUUAGUUAAUGGAAGUAAAUUGGAAAGUUGAUUAAAAUGGCAUGCUCUUUCUGAAUAAUGAAAGUUUAAUUUUGAUUGAGUGUCCCUUUAAAUAAGUUGUACAUUUUAUCAGUGGCUGCUUUGCUUUUUAUUAUUCCUGAGGGCUUUGUUUAUAUUUGUAAUAAAAUGCUAUAAUGUAAAGCUUCAGCUCUCUAUUGUGUGAGCCAGUUCAAAGUGCAAAGUACUGCUGUCAAAAACCCGUCAAUGGCACUGAUAUGUGAGUGUGCGCUGCUUCUGUCACAGGUAAAACAAUACCUUCGUGCUAAGAUUGCAGCACCCAGUAUAAAAAUGUGUAUAUUCACUAACCAGCACCUACAAAAAGUUCAAAUAAAAGAACAGCUAUGAAGAGAGUUGCCGGCCACAGGAUGUAACAUAGUAACCCUGCUACUAGGGAUGUGCAUUUGGACAAGAAGAAAUAUGGCUCCAAAAAGACAGCACAUCCCUAUAGGACAUAUUGACACGUAAUCCUAUGAUGUAAUCUAAUAUAUGCCUGAUAUGGCUGUUCAGUUUGUAUCAUGUGCAUCUUUUUAAUACGAUAUUAUGAAAUUAAUCAGGCAAAUAAUGUUUCUAUUGUUUUUGGAAGAUAACGAUUUUAUGCUUGAAGUAUAUUUAAAAAAACAAAACAAAGGCCUUUUGUGAUUAUUGUCAAACCCUCAUGCUGGCUGAGCCUUCCGUGCGUAGGGUUAACACACAGCUGAUAUUUUUGUUCAGGCCGAGGAAGCAAAUGUACAAUAAAUAUAGGUUUCAGGCUGUGAUUUCUAAUAAGUAUGAAUGAUCUAUUUUGAAAGACAUGGCUAUUUUAAAUGACCAUAUCAAACACUAAUUACUGGUGAAUUAACUGUGCUACCCCCCUGUUCUGCUGGGAGGUUAUUUUUGGAGCUUCGGUAUAUUUUACAUUGCAGUAUACACCGUGAUCAGUCUGCUAGUUGUUUUAUAGCCUUUCAUACGUUUUUGGAAGUGGUCAGUAGAUAAUUGAAAUAUUGCAGAAGUAUUGAUUUUAUUUGAUUCAAGCAGGGCUUUUUUGUGGUAGUACUCACCUGUACUGAAUACCACCACCUCUGCCAACUCAUAACAGGUAAUAUUUGUAAUCGUCAUGUAAAUACUCUUGUUUUCACAAAAGGGUAUGACAAACUAUAUCAAGCAUUGUAAAUAACUUUGUCCCAUUUGCUUUUCUCAAAGUUACAGAGCACAAAGUAUCAAUCAAUUAUCAAUGAGUACCGGCACCUUUUCUUUUACAAUAAAAGCACUCGAUUCAAGGGACAGUGUACUGUAAAAUAUCCACCGUGUCCCCAAUGAUCAAUUUUACUGGCUAGAGUGUAUUUAAUUAUUGACAAAUCACUUGUUUGCCUUUAUUUUGUCAUUUUAAAUAGCUGUUUUUGACUGGUGACAAAAAAUGUCAGUAAAGCAGUAUUGGAUAUAGAAAAGCUAUGCAAACAAUCCAACAGCUCCAAGUGAGGUGAUAGGAGAGAUAGGUACUAAAUGUUAAUUUUCAAAUUUUCUCUCUAAGUAUUGGCCUUUUGUGUAUAUAGACAGAAUAUAAGGAGGCCUUUGUUUAUAAAGUGAAUGACAAUGAGGUCUCCUAUCCCUGCAAGCUCAGCCUAUUUGAAUAGUUUGCUGUCUCAAUGAGCAAAAACAGCUAAUUUAUAUACAAACACAUCUAAGGGUGGUCAUCUAAACAAUUUUACACUAUGCUGUCUCUUUCAUUGGAAUCAACAUUUUAUCUAGGAUUGUACAAACUCUGCUGUUUAUCGUGUGACACCAAUCAUCAUGGUCAAUGCAAUCAAUAUUAACAGUGUCUAUUAUUUAAUAUAUUGUUUAUUUUAUUUCCCAUUUACAUAGACUACAGUUUGUUUCUGCUAAGAAAAAUAAUUACAUAAAGACUUACAUUUUUAAUUUUCUUUUUUUUUUAUUUUAGGUUUCAAAACUUUUUUUAAUUAAACAAAAAGUACAUUGUAUUAAAACACAAAAUAGCAUCCGGAGCUAAUAUGGACAACAUAUUGUACUAUAUCUGAAACAAACACUUAUGUGUGUAGACACUUCCAUGAUACACUGUCUUAACAUAAGUGAUACCUUUUGAUAAUGUAAUUUUGUUUAUGUUCUCAUAUUUCAUGUCAUGUGGUCUUGUGUGAUGUCACCAGUGAUGUAAUUUCCUUUAACCUCUUCUGUGCUUGGGGUUUGAGGAAUUGUUCUACCCCUGGAGGUCAGACAGAUUUUCAUAAUUUUGCUGUGUAUACAUUUCUCAUAUUAUGUUUUCUGAUGCCUUUUUUAACUGUAUUUUUAUUUUUGUAUGAUGCAAUAAAAAAAAAUAUGUUUACCCCCA